GCCAUAAGAAGCCUUAGAAAAGCCAGUAGUUUUGCUGUUGACGGUUUAAUUCUCUUCGAAAUAAAAAGAAUUGUCAUAGAGCUGGUUAGACGGAUAUUAGUUUGAGGCUGACGUGACAAAAAGCAUUUUUCAAUUAGCUGGAAUAUAAAAAUGGGAGGCAAUUAGUAAGAUAAAUAAUUUAGAAAGCGCUGUCAAUUGUAUAAGAAACUUGUGUUUUUGCCUCGCGGCGGUAAUGCUGUAGAUCUCUAGCUUUGUCUGAAAGUACACCGAAGUAGUUUACGGCUACGAGAUCGAGAGAGAAAACACUCCGAGGUCCACCUAAUUCCUCAGCACGUCGCACUAGCAGUACUAAAAAUGAAUUCUGUUGACGUAGCAAUCCAAGACAUCCAAACUAAUCAACGGAUGUGUCGAGCCUGCAAUCAGCCAAUCACUGAUCGAUACGUACUGAAGGCAUUAGACUCGUUCUGGCAUGAAGGGUGCUUGAAGUGUGCGUGCUGUGAGUGCAGACUUGGUGAUAUCGGGUCCAGCCUUUAUUGUAAAUCUAACUUAAUUCUUUGCAAGCGAGAUUAUCUAAGGCUGUUUGGUAUUCCUGGGAAAUGCUCACAAUGCAGUAAACCAAUCGCAGCCUUCGAGCUGGUCAUGCGAGCGCGGGAAAAUGCCUACCACAUCGAAUGCUUUGGAUGCCAAAUGUGCCGAAAGCGACUAGUCGUCGGCGAAGCUUUCUGUUUCCAUGACAACAAAGUACUAUGCCUCGAUCGAUGCGCCAAGAAAGCACAGGACGCUAUAGUGAAGGUGAACGAUAAGCUGACACUUAAAACCAUAAAAUCUAGCGCUAAAGCUUUAAAGACUAAUUGAACAUCGAGAUAAAAAUAUCAAAGACACCAACGAGAUAAUAAUUGUGAAUAGACUCAUAGCCAAUCUUUGUAGUUUGCAAUCAAUCACGAGAGCCUAUCAUGUCAAUCUGUGCUGUAUACCUGUGUGCAAACGUCUGUAAGAUCCAACCGUUCAGACUUGAACGCAGAAGACGAAGUAUUGACGAAUCAGAAGAUGCGUAAUAGGUGAAUUACUAGCCUUAGCCUUAUCGACGAAUUGUGUUAGGGUAUAGUACUCCUAAUCAGAAUAGACUGGAACUGGUCAGCGUGAAAACGAGACUAGUCCUGCCCCACCCCUCCCCCAAAAAGGAAAGCAAACACUCACGCCCUCGCACAAAGAAAAGAGGUCGUUAUUGUYUUGGUUUUCUAAACACAUUGACCCACCAGCCUCGUUUUCGUGCUAAGAUUUUCGUACCAGAUCUCCCUUAGGAAUACGAAUACGAGCGUGUGUAUUAGCCUGGUGUAAAUUUCACAGGAAUAAAUACAUACGAGUAUUAAAAGAUAAGAUGUCUAUAAAUUGGUAUACAUUUUUUAAUAAUCAUAUUUYGUAUUGUCAGUAAUUAUAGAUGUCUAUCUUUCUUUCUGCCAAUAAUCUGCCACGAAAAGCUUUAAGCUACUUACAGGCUAAAAGGAGUGUAUAUGUAAUAGAUUAUAUGAAAAUAAUUCUAGGCAAUAAAUGUCAAAUAAUGCAUGUGAAAGAGAAAUA